GCCGCCCCGCCCCCGCCCGGCCGCUGCGGAAGGCGCCGCGCGCAGCAACGCGCACUUCCUCUCCAGGAGUCCGCGGAGGGAGUGCAGGUUCGAAGAGCUCCUGGACGCAGAGGCCCUGCCCUUGUCAGACGGAGCAGACAUGUCCGAACAAAGUAAGGAUGGGUGCGACCCCAGCUUGGUAGCUGAGGCCUCCGACUCCGAGACGCACGGCAGCUCUGGGGUUCCCAGGGGGCCCUCUCCGCCGGAGUCUCAGGCCGCGACCCUCCCAGAGCCAGACAGCCCUCCCCUAGGCCCGACCGACGCCCCUGUGGCUUCGCCGCCGUCCCGGGCCCCAGCCGAAGAGGGAGACCCGAAAGCCCUGCAGCAGGCCGCGGAGGAAGGCCGCGCCCACCAGGCCCUGAGCGCGGCCCAGCCCGGCCCAGCGCCGCCCGCCCCAGCCCAGCUGGUGCAGAAGGCGCACGAGCUCAUGUGGUACGUGCUGGUCAAGGACCAGAAGAGGAUGAUCAUCUGGUUCCCAGACAUGGUGAAGGAUGUCAUCGGCAGUUACAAGAAAUGGUGCAGAAGCAUUCUCAGGCGCACCAGCCUCAUCCUCGCCCGAGUGUUCGGGCUGCACCUGAGGCUAACCAGCCUGCACACGAUGGAGUUCUCUCUCGUCAAAGCGCUAGAGCCAGAGGAGCUGGACAGGGUGGCGCUGAGCAACCGCAUGCCCAUGACAGGCCUCCUGCUGAUGAUCCUGAGCCUCAUCUACGUGAAGGGUCGCGGGGCCAGGGAGAGUGCCGUCUGGAACGUGCUGCGCAUCCUGGGGCUGCGGCCCUGGAAGAAGCACUCCACCUUUGGAGAUGUGAGGAAGCUCAUCACCGAGGAGUUCGUCCAGCAGAAUUACCUGAAAUACCAGCGCGUUCCCCACGUUGAGCCACCUGAGUACGAGUUUUUCUGGGGCUCCCGUGCCAGCCGAGAAAUCACUAAGAUGCAAAUCAUGGAGUUCCUGGCUAGGGUGUUUAAGAAAGACCCCCAGGCCUGGCCUUCCCGGUACAGAGAGGCUCUGGAGGAGGCUAGAGCUCUGCGGGAGGCCGAUCCCACUGCCCACUCCCCCCGCAGCAGUGUCUCCGAGGACUGGACAGCAGCUUGUGGCACAGAGAGGGAAUAUUCAGUAUCUGAAUUUUCACCUCUGGGCUCAAUUGAAAAUGUUGGAGUCUGUCAAAUUUUCCAGAAAGCUCCCCUACGAGGCUCUUGGAGACGUCAUUCAGAAGGGGAUCUGGAGAUCCUUGAUGAUCUAGUUUGGAUGACAGCUGUGGCUGGGAAAGGCUGCAGAGCAGAGGGGACUUACUUCCUAUACCCAACCAGCAGGGAGGAUUCCUCUCAGCAGCCACGUAGGCAUUCUCUUCUCUCUGGAGGAAAAGGCCCAGCAGCUGUCGGAGGAAAAGGCCCAGCAGCUGUCAGAGCAAAGGACAUGUCGCAGCUAAGUAAGAAUUUGGGUGAUUCGAGUCCCCCGGCGGAGGCCCCUAAGCCUCCGGUCUACAGCCGCCCUACGGUUCUGAUGCGGGCUCCGCCCGCCUCCUCCAGGGCUCCGCCAGUCCCUUGGGAUCCACCUCCAAUUGAUUUGCAGGCUUCACUGGCCGCUUGGCAGGCACCUCAGCCUGCCUGGGAGGCUCCACAGGGCCAGCCGCCUGCCCCUGUGGCUCCGAUAGCCCAACCGAUGGCCCAGCCCCCAGCCCUAGGGGGCCCGAUGGUCCAGGCUCCCCCGCUGGGAGGCCCGAUGGGCAAGCCCCCGACCCCCGGAGUGCUGAUGAUCCACCCUCCCCCUCCGGGAGCCACGAUAGCCCAGCCACCGACUCCGGGAGUCCUGAUGAUGCAUCCUUCGGCUCCCGGAGCGCCCAUGGCCCACCCUCCCCCGCCGGGAACCCCGAUGGCGCAUCCUCCCCCUCCGGGAACCCCGAUGGCGCAUCCUCCACCUCCGGGAACCCCGAUGGCGCAUCCUCCCCCGCCGGGGACACCGAUGGCCCACCCCCCACCUCCGGGGACACCGAUGGCCCACCCUCCCCCACCGGGGACACCGAUGGCUCAGCCUCCAACUCCGGGAGUCCUGAUGGCCCAGCCGCUGACUCCGGGAGUCCUGAUGGUACAACCUCCUGCUCCAGGAGCCCCGAUGGCCCAGCCUCCGCCCCCAGGAGCCCUGAUGGCCCAGCCUCCACCUCCUGGAGCCCAGAUGGCCAAGCCUCCCGGUCCUGGAGUCCUGAUGAUCCACCCUCCAGGUGCGAGAGCUCCAAUCACCCAGCCUGCAGCUACAGGAGCCCAGAUGGCGCAGCCUGCGGCCCCGCCUGCACAACCUCUGGCUUCUUGGGCCCCACAGGCUCAGCCUCUGAUCCUGCAAAUUCAGUCACAGGUCAUAAGGGCCCCUCCUCAGGUUCCACAGGGACCGCAGGCACCACCGGCACAGCUGGCCACACCCCCGGGCUGGCAGGCCACCUCACCGGGAUGGCAGGCUCAGCCUCAAGGCUGGCAGGCCACACCCCUUGCCUGGCAGGCCGCACAGGUCACCUGGCAGGCUCCGACGAUUGCCUGGCAGGCGCCGCCACCUGUGCGCCAGGGCCCCCCGCCCAUCCGCCCGGGACCCCCGCCCAUCCGCCCGGGACCCCCACCUGUGCGCCAGGCACCACCCCCGAUCCGCCAGGCACCACCACUGAUCCGCCAGGCACCGCCACCCAUCCGGCCUGCCCCACAGGUCCUGGCCACUCCGCCACCACUGUGGCAGGCCCUGCCGCCGCCGCCGCCACUGCGGCAGGCCCCGCAAGCUCGGCUGCCCACCCCGCAGGUGCGGGCAGCCCCACAGAUGCGGGCUGCCCCACAGAUGCGGGUGGCGCCACAGGUAGUCACGGCCCCUUCAGCAACGCAGUUGCCCACGGCGCCUCCCACUGGCCCGCAGGCACCCCAUGCCGCACUUUCGGCACCUCUGUCAGCCCCACAGGCUGUGCACUGCCCACCUAUCAUCUGGCAGGCCCCUAAAGGCCAACCCCCGGUGCCACACGAGCUGCCGACAUCAAUGGAGUACCAGGAAGUGCAGCAAGCUCAGGCUCUGGCCUGGCAGGCUCCAAAGGUCCCGGGGCAAUUCUGGCAGCCUGUGCCCACCCAGGAUGCCCAAAGGCAGGGGCCACCACUGGUUCAGGUGGAGCAGCCCUUUCAGGGGGUCCCCGCCUCCCAAAAGGCCUUGCAAAUCCAGCUGCAAACCCAGCAGGCGCAGCCCACGGGCCCGCAAACAGAGCUGCCCACCCUGCAACUCCAGCCCUCCUGGCAAGGCCCCCCUGCAGUCUUGCAGGGCCAGCCCGGAGCUCCCAUAGCGGCAGCAAAUUUUCCCGUAGGCUCCGCUAAAUCACUGAUGACUCCAUCGGGAGAAUCCAGGGCCUCUUCCAUAGAUCGCAGGACCUCUUCGAAGGAACGCAGGACCUCUUCAAAGGAACGCAGGGCUCCUUCCAAGGACCGCAUGAUCUUUGCAGCCACUUUCUGUGCUCCGAAGGCAGCGUCAGCUGUCCGACCAAACCUGCCAACUGCCUGGAAAACCUUGCCUGCCACGCCUGAGACCUUCACUGCCUCCUCCAGGGUUUUCCCAGCUACCUCCCAGUUCCAGCCUGCCUCAUCCAAUGCCUUUAAGGGCCCGUCUGCCACCUCAGAGACCCCAAAGUCACUGCCACUUGCUCUGCAGGACCCCUUUUCCUGUGCGGAGGCUCUGCCUGCAGUUCCAUGGGUUCCACAGCCCAAUGUGAAUGCCUCCAAGGCAUCCAAGGCGGUGCCCACCAUCCUGAUGGCCACGGCAGCUGUGCCCAAGGCAAUGGCCACCACUCAAGAGGCCUCAAAGACCUCAGCUGAGCCUCCUCGGCGCUCGGGCAAGGCCACCCGGAAGAAGAAGCAUCUGAAUACUGAGGAGGACAGCAGUGGGCAGCUGUUGCCCCUGCGUGACUGGCAGGCCCCCAGGCCCUGGGAAAGUAUGAACUUGAAUGGCUGGGAGGUUCAAAAUGCUAUCCAGGUCCUGGGUGAUUUGGAGGGCCCAAACACCUCCCGUGGCCUGAGUGGCUGGGAGGGCCCUAGUACCUCCAGGAUCCUGAGUGGCUGGGAGGGGCCCAGCACGUCUUGGGCCUUGAGUGCCUGGGAGGGCCCAAGCACCUCACGGGCCCUAGGUCUCUGGGAAAACCCAGGUAGCCCCCAGCCCUUGAUCAUCUCUGAGCUCCCCAGCCUCUCUCAGGGAUUUGGUACUAGCCCUGAUGGGCCGAGGCUGGAGACACAGCCACUGUCUCCCUUGGAUGAGAGAGCAAACGCACUGGUGCAAUUCCUCUUAGUCAAGGACCAAGCCAAGGUGCCCAUCAAGCGCUCAGAGAUGGUGAGAUUUAUCAUCCGUGAAUAUAAAGAUGAGUGCUUAGAUAUCAUCAACCGUGCCAACAAUAAGCUGGAGUGUGUCUUUGGUUAUCAAUUGAAGGAAAUUGAUCCCAAAAACCACUCUUAUAUCAUCAUCAACAAGAUGGGGCCUCAUAAGGGUGAAUCAGUGUCAUCUUAUUUAGACACACCCAAGUUAGGCCUCCUGAUGGUGGUUCUCAGUCUGAUCUUUAUGAAAGGCAACUGUGUCAGGGAGGAUAUGAUCUUUAAUUUUCUGUACAAGUUAGGGUUGGAUGUCCGAGAGACGCAUUCUCUCUUUGGAAAUACAAAGAAGCUCAUCACUGAUGUGUUUGUAAGGCAGAAGUACCUAGAGUACAGGCGAGUCCCCCAUACGGAGCCAGCAGAAUAUGAGCUCCUCUGGGGCCCCCGAGCCUUCCUUGAAACCAGCAAGAUGCUUGUCCUGAGGUUUUUGGCCAGGCUCCAUAAGAGAGAUCCGCGUUGCUGGCCAUUCCAGUACUUAGAAGCACUGGCAGAGUGUGAGUCUGAAGAUCUGGAUGAAGAGGAGUCUGGGCCCGGCGAUAAAGCCAGUGACCCUGAUAGCGGUUCCCCUCCCCGCUAAUAAGAUUUAGCAGAUAUCUUGUUCCUCUGGGUCCCCAGCUAAGGCCACUGACAGGGUGGGAGAGGGGCACAUUUUGUUUCUGGUGUUUAUGUUCCAGUUCUAUGUGUGUAUGUUUGGAUUUCAAUUUGAUUUAGUACCUGCCAAAGCUUUGUACAUUUUCAUGUGGUGUUGAUUUCAAUUGGCUACUGUUCUGUUUGGUAUUCUGGCAUCUGUAUUUUUAAGUGAGAUCUGUGAUUCUCUGUUUUGUGUUACAAUCGUUAUGUUUUGGUAUCAGAGUUGUGCUGGCUUUGUGAAUUGAAUUGAAAAGCUAUCCAUCUCAUUCUGGUACAGAUUAUGUAGUAUUGAAUUAUGUAGUUUGUUCUUUGAACAUUAAAAUGACUCAUCAGUAAAAGCUGUCUGCAGAAAAAUAAAUAUCUAUAUCUAUAUAUAUAAAUAUACU